AUCCCAAGAAGCGACGAUACAACAGAGGCGUCAGCAGCGGCGCCUGACUGACAAGCCAUAUGUCCCAUGUUUCGGCGGAGGAGUAACAUAGUUUCGAUCUUGAUAUGAACUUAUCUUGAAAGCGACGCCAACUUGCACCUGUGAUCAAAGCGCUUUAAGUCGGAAUGGAGUGUAGAACCGACAGCUGAAGACCCCCCGUUGAUAAACAGGCGACUUUCUCCCCCUCAGCCGCGAUGCAGAUGACAUUUGAUGCGUCCAGCAGUGUCACGCUCCUGUUUGACUUCUGGGCCGUCCAGAGCCCACCAGGGAUGGUGUUGUCAGUGCUGGUGGUGUGCCUGUUCACAGUCUUCUUUGAGUUCCUGAAGAUGUGGAGGAUCUGGUUGGGGAGCCCCCUCUCCGGCACCAAGUGCUACAGGCCCAGCUACCCCCAACCCUGCGACGGCAGCCCCGGGGAGUGCAUCUCGGUGCUGGCCCCGGGCCGCUCCCAGUCCUCCCUGGCCCCCAUACAGCCCACUGCGGAUACGCCUAUCAUCGCCAACGGGUGGAUGCUACACAGCGUCCAGACAGCUCUCCAUGUUCUCCAGGUGGCCAUGAGCUACAUGCUAAUGCUAUGUGUCAUGUCCUACAAUGUAUGGAUCUUUCUGGGUGUCCUGUUUGGCGCAGGCCUAGGCUACUUCCUGGCCUACCCUUUAAUCGGACGGAUCUCAACCACCUGAACUACCUGGGCUAAUUCCUGGGCUAAAAUGUAACUUGACAGAUCCACAGUUGGAACUAUUGCGGUAUGGCUUGGGCUUAUUCCUGGAUCCACCCUGGAUUUGAAAACUGAGCAGAAAGGUUUACUGUAGGUUGGUUUGUCAAGUAUUUUCUUGAUCGGAAAUACGAGACGAUGAAAUAGAGAAUCCAGUUGCCAUUUAGGGUUGUGAAUUUUUCUGAAUUUCUCUUAAUUAUUUUUUUUAAAUCAUAGUCUUUACUACACUUCUGUCGUGUAGAACGAUAGUUGAUAGAAUUACUUUUCCUCAAACACUGAAUCAUUUUUAAAAUGUUAUUUUACUAACAUGGCAAUAUCUACGCAUACAGCGUAGGCCUACUAUAGAACUACAUUUUGUAUGUUUGUUUUAUGUGCACAAGCUGAUGACUGGACCGUCAUGAAGCACCAAUGGAUCACUACUGUUAGUAGUUAGGGCAACAGCAAAGACCUCUGGGUCUGACCUUUGUUACCCAGGUAGCCCUGGCCUGGGAACAUGAAUGAGGGGAUAGCCUGACUUGCACCUGCUAGAUUUCCAUGAAAAAAGGAGUGUGCGUGAAUGUAGGAUGUUUGUUUUAAUGAUCCUACCAAUGCCCGACUGCCAGUGUUUUUAAUGAUUUUUAAAAUAAAAACUUUUUUUUGAUGCAGCUUUUAAUAUCUUCUUUCAAGUUUCUCUUUUCCAUGUAUGGGUAGAAACUUGACCGCAGCUUUGAGGCUGUUUCAUGUCAUCUUAAAAUAUAGAUUUUAUGGGUUUUUUUCUGAAAAUAUUUGAUAUGCACAUUUGAACAGUGACAGUGGGGAAACUUCAAUAUAAAUAUAAAUAUUAAACAACUAAUAAGUAGCAGGCAAUAGGACCACUGAACACGUGAUCGAAAGUCUUGUGAACGGCCAGGAACACGGUAGGUCUCUGCACCCACAAGGUUCAGCUGCACUGUGUUGUAUAAAGAUAUAGGCCCUCAGUCCCACGUUUGGGUUGUCUUUAUUGACUUGGUAUAGAUUGUGUCAACAUGGUACAUAAUAUCAGGCCAACCUAUGAAGGAACAAGGAGAUGCGCAUAUGUAAAUUCAGGAAGAUAUUUGUGAUUCCAUAAGAUACUGGGCUGUAACUUGAGGCAGUAAAGUUGCUGUAAUCGGUAUGUUUAUUCCAUUAAUACAUAAUUAUGUAAUGCAAUUCAUCCAUACAUGUACAAUGAAUACGAUCGAAAACAAAAAAGGCAAAGAGAAGUGACGUGGACAAAAGAGAGAGACCUCCACUGUAUAAUUUAUAUAAUAAAUAAACAAGUUAACGAGUCAUCAGUUAUUUAUGCAAGCUCAUAAUCACAAA